AGGACAUGGAGGAGGUGGAUAUGGAGUACUUGAAGAGCGGGGACAAGGAGUGGGACAUGGAGGAGGAUUUGAAGCUGAGGAACACAACUUUCAGGAAAUCGUGGGAUUGUGCACGAGAGGUGCCCACAAUCCAGGAUGAACAGAAACCAAGAAAAAUGCUGCGCUUCGUUCAUUUUCUAGUCACCAGCCUAGCUGGUCUCAUCAUGUUUGGACUGGCAUUUCUGAGCAAAUCAUCAUUUUUGAUCUUGAUAACGAUAACAAAUCCGGACGGAAUCACCAUUUCUACAAAGCCGUACGCCUCGCUCUUCAUAGGAGUACUUCUCACUGCACCCAGUGUGUUAAGCCUCCUAAAGAACACGUGGAAAAUUUCUUUCAAAGACUCCAAGACUCCCUCAAGAAAAACAUUGUUAUGGGUGUGCUCUAUCGACAUAGUUGUGUCACUCGGUUCUGCUGUGCUCGCCCUUGUCACGAUGCCCCAUUUUGACAUCCUAACAAAUGUGAUGAUCCUGAACAGCAUAGGAAUACUGUCUGCUGUCUGCCAAGUGAUUGCCAAUGUAAAAGCCAGAGGAAGAAAAAGAUUUACUAUCAUUUCAUUGAUUGCAGUGGUUUUACUUCUUGCUGGAUCUGCCCUGUUUGUAACAGGCUACAUCAGAGAAGCUGGAAAUCAACUGACUGAAAAAAACACUGCAAUGUGGAUUGGAUUAGCAAUUGCAUGUACAUUUUGUGUGUCUUCCAACUGGUGGGAAAACUACGCUAGCCUGUUUAACGUUCAAUUCUUCAAAGACGCUACUGAAGAUGUGAAAAGAGCCAGAAACGUGGUGGCAAUUCUCUCGAGCAUGAUCAGAAUAGCUGUUACGGCGGUAGUGCUAGGGGUCUACGUGAAACUCUCUGAUCAGGAAUGGGAGUCUAUUUUGUCGGUCUCACAGAAAGACAAAGUGACUGUCUUGAGCCUGUUUGCUAUCCAGGCCAUCUCCUCUGCAUUAUGUCGCUGGUUUGCAGUUGCUUCGUGUAAAAUGCAUGCCGUAAAACGCAGCUUUGUCUACCCAAUGUGGUUUGUCUCUCCAACUGUGUUGGCAUCAUUUGUUUUGUUCAUCUGGGUCCCCUACUACAAGGACGCAAAUUUUGCCACAUUACCGAAUAGUUCCUUCCCACUCUACUGCCAGAAUAUCGUGGCUGGUUAUAAUGUAUCUGACUUCUACACCGUCUUUUUCCAAAGCAUUGACACCUUUGAUUUAAUACAUUCAGACGUCACCCAUAGCCUGUGCUCACGCCCCAUGUUCUAUGAAGGCGAUCUUUUGGGCCAAGGGCUCCUGGCCAGCUGUAUUAGUAGCUGGUGGUUAGGGCUGGUGCUUUGUACAAUCUACGCCAGCUUCUUGAGGAUUAGUCGCAUCCAGAGGACGCGGGAACUGUUUGGGUUAAGCCUCUAUGAAGCAGCCUUCAUUGAGCAAUCUAUGCUUCUCAACACAAAAUUCAACAUUUCCAAGCUGAAAAAGGAAAGCAUCAAGGAGAAUGAGAUGAUGACCAUCUACUUGUGUGCUACCAUGUGGCAUGAGACCAAAGAUGAGAUGAUGAAGAUGCUCAUCUCCAUGAUGAGGUUGGACAAAUUCAGGCCCAAGAGAAACAACUUCAAAGAUGUGAGUUUCGAUGCUCACAUUUACUUUGAUGAUGCUUUCCAACAAGAUGAUGAUGGGAAUCGUGUUGUGAAUGAAUAUGCAGAAACUCUAGUAGAGGUGAUCAAAGAAGUAUACACGAUUUUCAUUGAAGAGGACACAAGCACGUUCAAAGAGACAAAGCUACUUAUGAAACAAAAAAUAAUCCCAACAACCUAUGGUGGCCGACUGCAGUACACGCUACCCUGUGGCAACACACUAACAGUUCACUUUAAGGACAAACACAGAAUUAGGCACAAGAAGAGAUGGUCUCAAAUCAUGUACCUGUACUACCUUCUGGGAUGGAAACUCCACAGGAAAUGUUAUCAGGACUAUGAGAGUGGUAUUGGCAGGAUGACUGUGGAAGAGAAUUUGAAGAAAGAUAAAAGGAACACCUACAUUCUGGCUCUGGAUGGGGACACUGACUUUCAGCCCUCGGCUGUGAUGCUCUUGGUGGACCGUCUCAGAAUGUAUCCUGAGGUGGGGGCUGCAUGCGGAAGGAUUCAUCCCACUGGCACCGGGCCGAUGGUUUGGUACCAGAAGUUUGAGUAUGCCGUGGGUCACUGGCUACAGAAGUCAGCAGAGCAUGUGUUUGGUUGCGUGCUGUGCAGCCCCGGCUGCUUCAGCCUCUUUCGGGCAUCUGCUCUCAUGGAUGACAACAUUAUGAAGAAGUACACCACCACAGCAUCAGAGGCAGGCCACUAUGUGCAGUAUGAUCAAGGUGAGGACCGCUGGCUGUGCACACUACUGCUGCAGCAGGGCUGGCGUGUGGAGUACAACGCUGCGUCGGACUCCUACACAAAUGCCCCGCAGGAGUUCAAUGAGUUCUACAACCAGAGACGCCGCUGGGGGCCCUCCACCAUGGCCAACACCCUGGACCUGCUGGGCAGUGGUGAGCUGACGGUGAAGAAGAACAAAUCCAUCUCCACCCUCUUCAUCCUCUACCAGACCCUCACCAUGGGAGCCUCCAUCCUCGGCCCAGCUACUGUCUGUCUGAUGAUUGCAGGAAGCUUCUCCUUUGUCUUUGACGUUUCACCUAAUUGGUCACUUGUACUAGCUAUUGUGCCCCCGGCCAUCUACUUGAUUCUGUGCUACCUCCUGAAGUCAAACACCCAGAUCACCAUUGCAGCCGUUAUGAGCAUCAUCUAUGCCUUCCUCAUGACAGCGAGCAUUCUUUCAAUCAUUGGUGACAUGGUUGAAGAGGGCACCUUCGUGACCCCCAGUGGUCUCUUCUUCAUCGGCAUAGUGUCCAUGUACAUUAUCACUGCCCUGCUCCACCCCAGCGAGUUCCACCUCAUCAUCUACGGCUUCCUCUACGUCCUCUGCAUCCCCAGCGGCUACCUCCUGCUGGCCAUCUACUCCAUGGUCAACAUGAACAACGUGUCCUGGGGAACCAGAGAGACCGCCGCCCCGAAAAAAGCUGGCGGUGCUGCUGCCACGCAGACAAAGAUCGAGAAGAAGACCAAGUAUGAAAAGAAGUGCAAGUGCUGCAGCUGGAACCUGGAGUUCCAGGUCAACGAGUACGAGGAGGUGAAACAGGCUGUGCCUGUUAGCGCUCCGCAGACCGAACCUGUUCCAGACAGUCCCAAAGAGCCACUGGAGGUGAAAAGUGUAUCAUCAGAUCCAGAUCCAGAUCCCAAUCCAGAUCCAGACCGUUAUUGGGUUGAACAGCUGGUGAAACGAUCUGGGGAGCUGGAGCUGGAAAGAAAUGUCUUAAAUGACGAUGAAGUGCAGUUUUGGAAGGGUCUACAGGAACGCUAUCUCAAACCUCUGGACGAGGAUAAGGACCAGAAGAAGAGAAUUGAGAAAGAGCUCAAAGAACUAAGAAACAAGGCCACAUUUGUGUUCUUCAUCUGCAAUGCCCUCUGGCUUGUGGCGACGUUCUUUCUGCAGGAGAUAGGAGGGUCUGUCAGCAUCCAGAUUCCCAAGAUUUAUGCCAAUGGGACGACAGAUCGUGAUGCAAAAAUCUUCAUUGAUCCCAUUGGCUUAAUGUUUGUCAUUGGCUUUGCAUUGCUACUGUCGAUUCAGUUUUUCGCAAUGCUGUGGCACAGACUACAAACGUUGAUCCACUUCAUAGCCUACCAAGGAACUGAGUCUGCAGUCUUCAAAAAUAAUUUGAAUAAGUCUUACGAGAAUCUAAACAAUGAAAAGAACCUCCAGCACUUUCUCUGACAGUUCCAUGGAGCGGAUAAUCUCCAUCUGACAAGCUCACAAAGACAGUAGCAAGAUAAGCACUUUUGGUCACAAAUUAUGUGCAUUUUUUUUUUUUAAUUUUAUGUAAUAACACUUAUGAGCUGCACCUAUUAUGUUAACAUGGGAGUGUUGUGGUUUUAUUUUUACUUAUAAUUUGGAAAUGGGCAUUUAAAGAAUUAUUUAAUACUAUGCUUUCUGAGAUAAAACACACUAAGUUCAAAAUAUGUGUUGUAAUUUGAUGUUUUAAUGUUACAGUGUUAAACUGUUUGACUUUGAAUGUUUUAUUUGAAUUAUUAUUAUUAUUAUUUACCAUUGGAACUACAGAGAAGAGACUGAUGUAGCACUUUAUUAUUAUGGUAAUGUAGUCAAUAUUAUCCAUUUCUAUAAGCCUCGUCCUUGAAUAGUGGGUGAUAACCGAUGCACUGGUAAUUCAAUUUAAUGCACUGCAAAAUGAACUUUCUCAUAGAGUUGUAUGACCACUCCUGUGUGGCACAAAACUGAAUAAUUCAUUGUACAUGCCGUUGCCUACUGAAUAAGUUAGUUACCCAGUGUUUGGGUGUGGUACAAACAUUAAGAUGAAAGCAACUGAGAUAAGAGAACAAUUCUGGAAAAUAUAUGACAACCACUAACCACAAAUAAAAAAUGAUCUCAUGAA